AUGGCCUCUCCCACUUCCAAGAUCGGCCAUGGACUUGCCAAAAUCUUAGGCAUCGACCUGCAUUAUCGUCAAGAAACUGGCUCCGACCGCAUCACCCGAGGCGAGAGUGUCUUCUCCGUUACCUCUGCCGACACCUACGUUGAGCGGGAACCGACUGCGGCCGAAUGGCUCCAUGAAAUUCUACCCUCAGGUCGAGAUCUUAUCCACUACCUCGUCCAUCUCUUCCCUUUCCUGAAGUGGAUCACUCGUUACAACGUCCAAUGGCUUAUUGGUGAUCUGGUUGCCGGCAUUACGGUUGGUGCCGUCGUCAUUCCACAGAGUAUGGCCUACGCAAAGCUUGCGCAGCUACCCGUAGAGUUCGGUCUCUACUCGUCCUUCAUGGGAGUUCUAAUCUACUGGUUCUUCGCCACCUCUAAGGACAUCACCAUUGGUCCCGUGGCUGUGCUGUCAACGGUUACCGGAAAUGUCGUUCUCAAGGCGGCUGAAAAGGUGCCAGACGUUUCAAGGGACAUCAUAGCGUCUUCGCUUGCCAUCAUUGCUGGUUCCAUCGUACUCUUCCUUGGCCUUGCGCGUCUGGGCUGGAUCGUCGAGUUCAUCACUCUGGCCGCGAUUUCCGCUUUCAUGACAGGGUCUGCGCUGAAUAUUGCGGUCGGCCAGGUACCUAACAUGAUGGGCAUCACGGGAUUUUCGACACGAGAAGCGACUUACAAGGUCGUCAUCAACAUUUUGAAGCACCUAGGCAGAUCGGACCUGAACGCCGCCAUUGGACUCUCUGCGCUGUUUUUACUCUAUCUUAUUCGCUUCACAUGUACCUACCUCGCGAAGCGGUACCCGAAUAAGCAGAGGACGUUCUUCUUCAUCAGCACGCUACGGACGGCGUUUGUCAUUCUGCUCUACAUUUUCAUCAGCUACUUGUGCAACCGGCACCACCGAGGCAAAGGGCAGAAGCCAAUAUUCACGACGCUUGGGAAUGUUCCACGAGGCUUCAAACAUGCGCGGGUGCCACGUAUCACGACCGACAUCAUUUCGUCCUUCGCGUCCGAGCUCCCAUCUACCGUGAUCGUGCUAUUAAUUGAGCACAUUUCCAUAUCGAAAUCUUUCGGAAGGAUCAACAAUUACACUAUCGAUCCCUCGCAAGAAUUGGUAGCCAUCGGCGUAACCAACGUGCUCGGUCCCUUCCUUGGUGCUUAUCCCGCGACUGGUUCAUUCUCCCGGACCGCCAUUAAGUCUAAGGCCGGUGUUCGAACCCCCUUUGCUGGUGUCAUCACUGCCAUAGUGGUAUUGCUCGCCGUCUACGCCCUUCCGGCGAUGUUCUGGUAUAUUCCGAAUGCUGCACUUGCCGCUGUGAUCAUUCACGCUGUCGGAGAUUUAAUAACCCCGCCAAACACUGUCUACCAGUUCUGGCGCAUUUCCCCAUUGGAGGUACCUAUUUUCUUUGCUGGUGUGAUUGUAACGGUCUUCAGCAGCAUCGAGAAUGGCAUCUACACGACCGUUUCCGUUUCCGCAGCUCUAUUCUUGUUCCGCGCUUUCAAGGCUCGAGGACGAUUUCUUGGCAGAGCAAAGAUCCAUUCUGUCAUCGGCGAUCAUUUGCUCCACCCACCAGAAGAGGACAAAGAAGGCAAUGCCAGCCCACGAAGGAACCCUGCUGAGAGCGAAGACUCGGUGCGGAAUGUGUUCUUGCCCAUUGAUCACCAUGACGGGAGCAAUCCUCAAAUCGAGCUGGAGGAUCCUUACCCGGGAAUUUUCAUUUACCGCUUCUCCGAGGGUUUCAACUACCCGAACGCGAACCACUACCUGGAUCAGCUGGUGGAUACCAUUUUCAAGAAGACCCGCCGCACAAACCCGGCUACGUACGGCAGGCCUGGGGAUCGUCCAUGGAAUGAUCCCGGUCCACGCCGCGGUAAGGAAGUCGAUCCGACCGACAAACGGCCUACGUUGAAGGCUAUCAUCCUCGACUUCUCUUCAGUCAACAAUGUUGACCUCACUUCGGUCCAGAAUCUGAUCGAUGUUCGAAAUCAGCUUGACCGCUACGCUGCCCCAGACACCGUCGACUGGCAUUUCAGCAAUGUCAACAACCGCUGGACCAAGCGAGCCCUAGCAGCCGCUGGGUUCGGAUACUAUACCCCUGAACCGGAUGGCUCCGGUAUCCACCGCUGGAAGCCCAUCUUUAGCGUUGCUGAGAUUGGAGGAAGCCACAGUGCUGCGGCGGAGGCUGAAGCGAGGGAAAAUAGGAGGGCUCUGAAGGCAGCUGCGAAGCGCGACCAGGCUUCAGACGAUAUUGAAGUGCGGACUGGCUCCCGGUCUUCAACGCCGGAUUCUGACGUGGAUUCGCUGGAUAAACAGCUCAGUCAGGCCAAAGCGUACGGCACGAUGAGCCAGAAGCCGAGCAAGGUUGCCGUCGUGCAGGGCUUGAACAGGCCAUUAUUCCACGUCGAUGUCACUGCCGCACUGAAUAGUGCCCUGGCCAAUGCUCAGAGGAAAAGCCAUUAG